GAGAGAGAGAGAGAGAGAUUGAGUGAAUACUGCAGGACACAUACUGGAUGAAUAACCAUGGCAACAGCAGCAGCAGCAGCAGAAGCGGCGGCGCUGGCGGUGAGCGCCGAUACACUGAUACAAACAGUGUGGUAGUACACUCUGGACAGGUCGCACGUCCGUCACCGCCGUGUUGUCGAAGGUCUUCGAGCGAGACGGUCAAACCGAGAGCCUUUUGGAUAACAUAUUUCGGUGCGCAGACGUCAUUGCUAAGGUGAUGAGUGGUACCGUAUCAUGUCUGAAGUACAGGGAACACUGGAGUUUUCUAUAGAGCUGCACAAGUUCCAUAAUGUGGAUCUCUUCCAAAGAGGGUACUACCAGAUACGGGCGGGGUUGAAGGUGUCCCCGAGGGUGCCUCACAGGCUGAUCGCCACCACACCUGGGAAUGCAGGGGACUGCACCUUCAGCUCUCCGGGGGUCUACGACGGAGCCGUGUUCAGCCGCAUCGUCCAGAUCCUCUACCGCAACGAGGAGGUGACCGUCAACGACUGCAUGACCUUCAAGGUCCACCUGCUGCUGGACGGGGAGAGGGUGGAGGAGGCCUUAAGCGAGGUGGACUUUCAGUUGAAGCUGGAUCUUCAUUUCACCGAAAAUGAGCAACAGCUGGCCGACAUCGCCAGCGUGCCCCUGAUCAGCAGCCGCACACUGGGGCUCCACUUCCACCCGCGCCGGGGCCUGCACCACCACGUGCCCGUCAUGUUCGACUACUUCCACCUGUCCGUCAUCUCCCUGUCCGUGCACGCCUCGCUGGUCGCCCUGCACCAGCCGCUCAUCAGCUUCACGCGCACUGGGAAGGGUUCCUGGUUGGGGAAGGGUUCCCCCGAGAGCACCGGGGACCCUUCAGGAACGUCUGUGGAGGACAUGAUGUUCGGCGCCGGGUACUGCAAGCCCGCACUCUCUGAGCAGGGGAGCUUCUAUGUGGCCAGUGAGAACUGCCUGCAGAGGGCGCACACGUGGCACCGGCGGCUCUGUCGCCUCCUGCUGGUGGCCCAGCGCGGACUGCGCACCUACUACGCCGCGCUGCUGGAGGAGGCGCCGCAGCUGCAGCCGGCGCCGCUGGACCGGGAGCUGCCUGUGGAAGAAACCCUUAAUGAGAUGGCGAUAGAGCUGCAGCUGCAGGACGGCCAUGAGAAGGUAGCGGAGCAGAUCAGCAGAGACGUGAGCCAGCUCUGCUCCCAGCUGGCCACGCUUUGGAGCCACUUCCUGGGCCAAGUGGUCCUCAACCCUUACAUCCUCUCCUACCUGGCCCAGGAGCACCACACGCUCAGGGUCAGGAGAUUCUCCGAAGCCUAUUUCUUCUCUGAACACCCCAAAGAGUUGUCUCUGACAUUCCAGGAGGACUUAAUCAACAGACACGGACAGAUCGCCGCGGAGGUGCGGAGCUCCGACUACCUGAGCAGGAUGCCUCCCCUGCCGGUCGAGUGCCUGGACAUCGACGGCGACUGGAACAGCCUGCCCAUCAUCUUCGAGGACCGAUACGUCGCUUCGCCACAAACAGUUUUCACAUUUUUCUGUAAGUUCAUUCAUCUUUUCUUAAAAGUCCUGUUGUCUAACACCCACACCCUCAAGCACACAGACACCUUUGUCUUCUCCCGUUUGCUUUCAAGGUAUCAACUCUGGUGUUGUGGGUGCUGUGUUUCAGACUGGGGGUCACAUGUGCCAGCGCUGGCGACAGGCGACACACAGCCAGCCGGCCCAGAGCCUGCUGCUGCUGCCGCUGCCAUCGCCAGCUUUCACCAAAGUGACCAGAGCACCCGACCACCAGGCGUACCCGGGGAGCCUUCGGACGCCCCCCUCACAGGAGAGCGCUGCCGGAGCAGAGCCGGAGGCGUGGCGAGCACCGGGGGGGGGCUCCACGUCGGUGAGGAGGCCCCCCUGAUGAGCCAAGCAGAGGCGUGCGCGGUAGCCGAGCCGUCGGAGACACGGCAGGAAUCCGACCCGAGCGCGGCGCCCCAUGAGGCCGCCGCACCCCCGGAUGACGGAGGAGACUCGGUGGUCUGUGGCGAGGACAAGACCCCCGAUGGCCGGGUGAUGGAAGAGGUCCCUGUCACGCUGGCGCCAUGCCGACAACAACAACAACAACAACAACAACAACAACAACAACAACAACCACAGCCUCCAAGCAGCCCAGAGCGGAGCCACUGCGGCGGGGAGGACGGGGGGGUGACCAGCUCGCUGGACGAGGAGGAGGAGGAAGAGAGCGAAGACGCCCCUCUCCGCAACCUGCCCGCCCAGCGCGCCCUCUCCGUCUCCCCCCACCCCGCCGGCGCCAGCCUGGCAAGGGAGCUGGGCCGGCGCAGCGGGGGCGGGGCCGGGGGUGGAGCCGGGGCCGGGCUCCCCCGGCUCAUGAAACGCUCCUCCUCCGUCAUCUCGGACUCGGGCAUCGAGAGCGAGCCCAGCUCCUCGGUGGCGUGGCUGGCGUGGCCCGGGGACGGCGAGGCCGAGGCCGGGGCCGGGGCGCGGCGCUCGGUCGCCCAGUUCUUCCCGCCGCUGCCCGGACGCACCUUCCGGGACUUCAGCAGCGAGCGGGAGAUCCCCCAGCGCGUGGUGCGGCGCCACCCCCGGCGCGGCUCCCAGCGCCGCGUCUCCCUGGAGGGGCUGCGGGCCGAGAGCCACGGCAGCCUGCCCAGCGGCAGCUCCCCGGGCGGGGGCAUCCAGGCCUCGCUGACCUCCAUCAGCUCCCUGCCCUACGAGGACGAGCAGCAGCAGCAGCUGCGGCAGCGCGGCCAGCGACUCCGGGGGAAGCUCACCCGGUGGGCGUCGGCCCCACAGAUCAGCUCCGCCCCCGAGGGCACGGGGAGCGCGGAGGACGCCAAGGCGUCGGACACGCCCCGGUCGGACGCCGGCUGUUUGGGGCGCGUCGCCCCGGCGACCGGCGACGCAGCCGAGGGGGACGGGGCGCUGGCGCCGAGGUGGGCGCUGAGCGGUUCCCUCCAGGUGCCCGCCUCCCAGAGGCCGGGGAGCGGGGGCGGCGUCCAGGGGGAGCAGGACGACGGUCUGGAGGACUGGAGGCUGGAGUCGGCGGAAGCCCGGCUCUUUGAAGUGGGGGGGGGGCCCGCGGGCUGCGGGAAGCUCGGGGGCCCCCGGUUGUCAGACGGUCCGACGCUGAGUAAUUGGGCUUUGGACGAGCGCCAACGCUUCACUCAAUGUCCGCCGCUCGCCCUCGAGGACACAGAGGUGGAGCGGGGGCCGCCCCAGACGCCGGACGCCUCGGGGCCCCUCCAGCCGGCGCCCGGCAAGCAGAGGCCCCGCGACCUCAUCGGGCUGGUGGCCAGCGCCGCGACCCCGCCCGGCGACCUCCGCGGGCUGCUGGCCGACAGCAGCGGUGACGGGGGCGAGGGGGCGCAGCCCCGCCCACUGGAGUGCCCCACCAAGCCCUCCAAGAUCCCCAACGCGGGCCUGGCCUUCAUGAACAAGAAGAUGGUGGAGGUGGUGAACAUGUCCACCUCCUGCGCCCCCACCUGCCUGCCCUUCUCCUCGGUGCUGAGGGACUCGCCCUCCGUCGGGGGGCUCUCGGCGCGCCAGGCCGCCUCCCCCAUUACCCAUCAGCCCCUGGGCUCCUUCGGCAUCAUCUCCUCCUCCUCGUCGCUGCUCAGCCCCCUGGCCAAGGACGAGGAGACCAACGAGAGGAUGCUACAUUUCUACAAGGCCAAAGAGGAGCUGCUGGGGGAGCUGGCUUUCCAGGGCAGCCUGUACAGCGACCUGCCCCUGCUGGCCUCCGACCUGCCCUACUUCCCCCCCGAGGAGGACGACGAGGAGUUUGACGACGGCAUCCAUCUGGUGGUGUGCGUGCACGGCCUGGACGGUAACAGUGCAGACCUGCGGCUAGUAAAGACCUUCAUUGAGCUGGGGCUGCCAGGCUCCAGACUGGACUUCCUCAUGUCUGAGAGAAACCAGACGGACACGUUUGCGGACUUUGACACCAUGACGGACAGACUGCUGGAUGAAAUCAUACAGCAUAUCCAACUUUAUAAUCUCACCAUCGGCCGAAUAAGCUUCAUCGGCCACUCCCUGGGGAACAUCAUCGUGCGCUCGGUGCUGACGCGGCCGCGCUUCCGCUGCUACCUUCCCAGGCUGUACACCUUCCUCUCGCUGUCCGGGCCCCACCUGGGCACCCUGUACAACAACAGCACCCUGGUCAGCACGGGCCUGUGGUUGAUGCAGAAGCUGAAAAAAUCGGGAUCCCUGCUUCAGCUUACCUUCAGAGACCACAUGGAUCCCAGGAAGACCUUCCUGUACCUGCUGAGCCAGAAGCCAGGGCUGCAGUUCUUUAAGAACGUGGUGCUGGUGUCCUCCCCGCAGGACCGCUACGUCCCGUUCCACUCGGCCAGGAUAGAGCUGUGCAGGACGGCCCUCAAAGACCGGACCACAGGCCCCGUGUACACGGAGAUGAUCAACAACCUGUUGCGUCCCCUGGUGGAGGCCAAAGAGUGCCGUCUGAUUCGCCAGAACGUGUUCCACGCCCUGCCCAACACAGCCAACACUCUGAUUGGCCGAGCCGCACACAUCGCCGUGCUGGACUCUGAACUCUUCCUGGAGAAGUUCUUCUUAGUCGCCGGCCUUGGUUACUUCAAAUAAGAAGAUAUAUAUAUAUAUAUAUAUAUAUAUAUAUAUAUAUAUAUAUAUAUAUAUAUAUAUAUUCCUUUUGUAUGCCUAUGUUUAGUAUAUGUAAGUAGCAAAUGUGUAUAAAUCCUAUAAGCUGAAUGAAAAAGAUUAUAGCAAAGAGAAAAGUGACUGUUUCAACCAGGGACUUCUGUUUAGUAGGCCUUAUGAAUUAUCCCUUUCAACCCAAAGCACUGGUGGGAAGUGCUACUGUUAGGCUGAAGAGCAUUGCACCUAUUGUUUUACCUUCAGAGUCGGUGGGGGUGGAGUCUCAGUGCAGCCUCUCUGAUUGGUCAAGCCCCACUUUAUUGCUGAGCAUUUAUCCGCGUGAUUGUACAUUCGACAGGACUUUUCUGUUCAAAGUGAUGACUUUACUUUUUCCAUAAGAGAAAAAAUACCACAUAUAUAUAUAUAAAUAUAUAUAUAUUUAAUUUAUUUUUUAUCAGCAAAAAAACAACAAUGUAAUGAAUACGUGUAAUCUGGAUGUCAGUUCUACAACAUGUUAUGUUAACCUGCGUCCAAAACGUCCAAAUCAAAGUCACCUUGUCUAUCAAUUGUACAACGCAGGUAUCAGUGCUACCUGCUGUAGAGUGAAUAUAAUACAUAUCUUCUCGCUGAAAGCAUUUAGAUGAUUGCGUUUUCCCCGAAUGCAGUUGACCUCAGCUUAACCACAUCAGCCAAGUGUUAAAUAGUGCUGCUUGCAUCGUUAACAAAGAGAAAUGGCUGCAACUAUAUUUCCCCCACACAAAUUAUUCAAGCCUCCAGCAUAAUUACUAUCACAUUUAAUCAAACUACUAAUUUCCAUGUGGGUCCUAACUACUUCUGCAGCCAGGGAGUGUACACGAUGAGGCAAAAUGCAUGAUGGGAAGUGUAUUAAACAUACACGUAAUAUGGAAUCCAUAAUAAUAAUAAAAAACUACCCGAACACCAUAUGGCAAUAUUAACAAUCAAAUCCGAGCGCAAAAGCUACGCAUUUUCCAUUAUACGACUGAUUGAAUAACGCAAAUAAUAUGUUUUUUAAUGAAUUGUGCGAAACAAAGAAAAUAAACGGGUUGGAAUGAA